AUGGGUCUGGAUUAUAUUGUCGUUAUUUUAAACUCAGCUAAAUUACACGGUCAAGUAGCAGCGGAACAGGAGCGUUUACUUUUUUCCAAAGUCUCUGAAAUUCAGAGACUACAUACCGAACUAGAUAAAUUAAGAUCAGAAAUCACGAAUGUCAAAAACCGCAACACUCAGAUUGUUGAAGAGCAUGAUCAAACCUUGAAAAGUUUGGCAGAUGCUCAGAAAACAAUCAAGUCCAAUGAAACAAUUAUCGCUUGGUUGAAUCGCCAGAUUGCCGAGAACGAUUCAGGUUAUGUACAAAAUCGCUUGAAGCUUUCAGCGUUUCCAGUAAUAAGUGUAUCUUCUGGAGUAAUUUGUCCUCUUACUACUCCUAAUUCACUUACGGAUGCCUCUUCUGGAAGUGAGAAACCCUCAGCAUUCGAAACUACUCCUUCAUAUAUCCCAUUAACGCAGCAUUCCCAAGCUUCUCGUGUAGUCCCUUUAUUUGACACACAUACAUCUGUCAUGGUGUCUUCAUCUUCAAAUACCAACAUCAUGCAAACAGUUGACAAAAGGCUCAUAGAACUACCCAACAGCUCAAAAAAUAAUUUGUGUGUGAAAAAUGUUCCUUCUGCAAUAGAUAACACGGCUAUGGCCUAUUAAUGAAGAUAAUGAUGGUUGCAUUGCAUUCCUUUUGACGGUCCUACACUGGAUGUUGCUCUUGGCUUAGGUUAUUAUUUAUUAACGUCAUUGGAUUUAUGUUUUCAUUCACGCAGCUGGUGAAACCCGUACAGGGGAUCCUUUGUAAAGUCUUUGAUCUCUGUUUUUAGAUGCUGUCUCAGGAG